AUGUCUUCCUUCACCAGACACCGCCCAUGCAACUCCACCAUCCAACCCCGCUACCACUCGAAUAGCAGCAAGUACUCCACCUCUCCGUCCCCUUCACCAAGUCCCCCACCAACAAUCCACCACCGCCGUACUCUCUCCUCCCGCACCAACAGCUCCUCUCGACGAAGCCCACCGCCACCAUCACUUCCUGGCCUAGGCCUUCCCGUCUCUUCGUUCGGCUCACCUGAAAACACGAACUCAAACUCAAAUUCAAACGCAAAUCUGCAUACUGAAGGACCAACUAUGGCGCCAGCUUUCGUUCCACAGAAAGAAGAAUCGGAUGCGGAGUGCUGGUCGAGAAUGUUGGCCUUGCAGCGAGAGUUUCAUUGCUAUAACUCUGCGCGGUUGGAGGCUGCGGUCGAGGCCUUGGAAAAGGGCUGGAGGAUCGAGGAUGUCCCUAUUCCUUCGAGAUUUUGUCUUGAUCUUAUGAAUGAGGAGCUCCAGGCUCAAAUCGAAUCGACGAAUCUCCAUUGA